AUGUGGACUACAAGACUUGUUCCUCGAGUGUUCAAAUCACCUUCAAUUUUGAGGCAAACUUCCCUCAUCACCUCAGUUCUUCAAAGAAACUUUUGCUUCCGUUGGGGUAAGAAAUACAGAGAUAUUUAUGGACCAAGUUCAUGGAACACUCCUGAAAAGAGAUAUGACUCAAAUCAUAGAAUGGGCCAGGUGAAAGAGAGGACUCAAGACCCUCUCUACAUUGAUGACAGAAUUAAACAUAUUGAUGGAGGAAUUUCUGCAUAUAUUACCAGACUUCAUGAUGAAAAGAUCUAUGAUAUCCCUCUCAGAAGUAUGGCCUUCAUCCUUUACAAUGAGGCUAGAGAGAAAAGAAAUGAAAAAUUAGUCUAUAAAAGAUUUGAAGAAAAUUACCACAGAUUAAUCAGUACAAGUAUUGUCGCAAGAGAAGCCUUCGGAGGACUCUGGGCCUGCUACCAAAGUAACUGAGCUUCUUUAGAAGGUAUUGCAUUCUGGGAAGAAAAGCUAAAAGAACUUGCUCAAGAUCUUCAUCCAACUUGGAUUAAGGAGCUUCUUCAAGCAUUUAAUAACAACAAGCAGCUCAAGGCUAGCCAUAUGAACAAAAUUAUUGAUGAAUAUCUCAAGCCUCGCUUGCUAGAAGUAUGGGAUCCAAAGUUACUCUAUAACCAAAGGACCAUGAACGACUUAAUAGUUGAAUUCAAGAAACUAAACUACUAUGAUGAAGAGAUUUUUGAGAAAAUAAUAGAUUCCUUGCUCGUGAAGAAGAGGAUCCAGAACAUUUACUUCUUUGAGACUUUCCACCAGUUCAUGAAUGAAGUGAACGAGAACCCCAAAGGAUCCCUGUACCAGAAAUGGACUGAGAAAAUCAAUCAGUUUGAGGAAAAGCACUAUACCGCUGAUUUCAAAUGGAGAUAUAACGCCGAAGAACGCAGAAGAAGGACUCAUAAAGAGCUUGUAGCCAGAAGAGAUGAGUUCGACUGGGAAGAUUUUGUAGAAGUCGAGACCACUGAUGAAAGAGAAGAAAGAGAAAGAAAAAGAAUUGAAGAAGAACAACAAAGGAAAUACUCUGUAUAUAACAAAGAGUUAUUUGUCAAACAGGUCAAGAAAUAUAGAGCUGAAGGCAAGACUAUGAUUGAAAUGAUGGUUUAUUUGGAUGUUGAUGAAGAAGCCCUUGAAAAUGCCUUCCAAGCAAUCUCACAAGAGGAACAGCUCGAGAGGCUUGAAGAGCUCAGAAAAGAAAACAAAUUACCAUUCGCAGAGGGCACUACUGUAUAA